AUGGACAAUUUUCCACCGGAAGUGCGGCAUAUUUUGGCACCCGCCUUCGGUAUUCUUUCGGCCACGCAACUUACUCAGAUGGCUGAUCGGCUUAUGGAGAUGCACGGCUUUUCCAAGCCGUCUAUUUCAGCACUCUCAACUCCUCCUGCGUCUCCCAUUUCGCAGUUAGAGAUCGAGCUCAGCAAACUGGCCGAUGAUAUAGCCGCUCUACAGAAGCAGAAAGUUUUUGCCUCAUCUCGGAGCAAACCGAAGCCGUCCACCCCGCAUGUCCAGUCUUUUCAUUCAGCCCGUCCAAACGCAGCUGCCACCUGCUGGUACCACACUACUUUCGGUGCUAAAGCCCGUCGCUGCGUCUCUCCUUGUUCCUUCACUUUCAAGCAGAACAAACGGGUAAAACCGGUCAGCCGGAAGGUCAGUGCAAGCAAUCCUUCCGACAGCUCUAACCCUGGUCGCACAUUUUACGUCCGCGACACCAGGAGUGGCAGACGUUUCUUGGUUGACACUGGUGCCCAGCUAAGUGUCAUUCCACCCACACCAGCUGAUCGUCGGUGUCCCAAUCCCGGUCUUUUCCUACAGGCUGUCAACACAUCGCCGAUUACCACAUUUGGCACCUGUUCCCUCUCUCUGGGCAUCGGUCUCCGGCGUCUCUUCCCUUGGGUCUUCGUCGUUGCUGACAUCCCUUGUGCUAUUCUCGGUGCAGAUUUCCUCGCCGCUUUCGAUCUUCUGGUCGACUGCCGUCAGUCACGUCUACACGACAAGACCACCAACCUCACUGUCCGGGGUAUCUCUUCCUCUGACGCCUCCAGUCAUCUUGCCGUCUUGGACCCUGAACCCGAGAAUCCAUUUCGGCAACUCCUCGCCAAAUACCCCGGCCUCACUCGCCCCAACUUCAACGUUUCUAUUCCACCACAUGACGUUGUUCACCACAAACGGACCACCGGCCCUCCCGUGUUUUCUCGCCCCCGCCGUCUCGCGCCUACACGUCUUGCUGCCGCCAAGGCCGAAAUCGAGCACAUGCUUCAAAUGGGCAUCAUCCGCCAGUCUGAAAGCCCAUGGGCCUCACCCCUCCACAUGGUUCCAAAGGCCGCCACUGGUGACUGGCGCCCCUGCGGUGAUUACAGGGCCCUGAACAACGUUACUGUCCCGGACCGCUACCCUGUCCCACAUCUUCAGGAUUUUGCCGGUGCCCUAUUCGGCAAGUCUGUAUUCUCGAAGAUCGAUCUGGUCCGUGCUUUCCACCAAAUUCCCAUAGCCCCAUACGACGCUUCGAAGACGGCCGUUACCACCCCCUUUGGCCUCUUUGAGUUCCUUCGCAUGCCGUUUGGACUUCGCAACGCCCCCCGGACCUUCCAAAGGUUCGUAGACAGAGUGCUUCGCGGCCUACCAUUUGUCUACGCCCAUAUCGACGACCUUCUGUUAGCCAGCUCCACCACCGAAGAACACAUGGAACAUCUGGCAACGGUGUUUGACCGCCUUCAAUAA